AAGAUUACCUGGUAAAAUAGUUAGAUUUCAAUGCACUUCUGUGAUUGUAGACGAUGCAGCGUCUGAACAGGACUUUUAUUUUGGAGUGACGACAUGACGUCACAAGACUGCGCCGAGCUCCUGCAUCUGCUGUGAUUCUGCUGAAGAAAGAUGGCGUUUAUUAAAGAGGAGACUGAAGACAUGAAGAUUGAGUUUAUUAAAGAAGAGACUGAAAUUAUGAAGAUAAUUAUUAGAGAUGAGAAUGAAGACAUGAAGAUUGAAGAAACAUUCAGUGUGAAACAUGAAGAUACUGAGGAACAAAAAGAACUGAUGCCGCUGAAAGAGGCGAGUCAUGAACUUAAUGAAAGGGAGGAAGAGAAAAACCAUUACAAUAAACAUCAUGAUUUCAUGACUGGAGAAAGAUUGACACAGGCUAAAAAGUGUUCCUCACAAAAAAAAGCUCAAAAAACAGGAACUGAAAGUUAUUUCACCUGCCAACAGUGUGGAAAGAGUUUUGAUCAACAUAGAAACCUUCAAGUCCACAUGAGAAUUCACACUGGAGAAAAGCCUUACACCUGCCAACAGUGUGGAAAGAGUUUCACACUUAAAGGAAACCUUGCAGCCCACAUGAAAGUUCACACUCAAGAGAAAGCUUACACCUGCCAACAGUGUGGACAGAGUUUUACACAUAAAGGUAACCUUAAAGUCCACAUGAGAAUUCACACUGGAGAAAAGCCUUAUAUCUGCCAACAGUGUGGAAAGACUUUCAGUCAAAAAGGAAGCCUUACAGCCCACAUGAGAAUUCACACUGGAGAGAGUCCAUUCGCCUGUGAACAGUGUGGAAAGAGUAUCAGUGGAAAAGGAAACCUUGAAAUCCACAUGAGAAUUCACACUGGAGAGAAACCUUUCACCUGCCAGCAAUGUGGACAGAGUUUUACACAUAAAGGAAGCCUUAAAGUUCACAUGAGAGCUCACACUGGAGAAAAGCCUCACACCUGCAAACAAUGUGGAAAGAGUUUCAGUCAAAAAGGAAGCCUCAUAGUCCACAUGAGAAUUCACACUGGAGAGAAACCUUUCACCUGUCAAGAGUGUGGAGAGAGUUUCACUGUAAAAGGAAACCUUAUAGUCCACAUGAGAAAUCACACUGGAGAGAGUCCAUUCGCCUGUGAACAGUGUGGAAAGAGUAUCCGUGGAAAAGGAAACCUUGAAGUCCACAUGAGAACUCACACUGGAGAGAAACCUUUCACCUGUCAACAGUGUAGACAGAGUUUUACACAUAAAGGAAACCUUAAAGUCCACAUGAGAACUCACACUGGAGAAAAGCCUUACACCUGCAGUCUGUGCGGGAAUGGCUUCAAACGAGAACAAAACCUUAGGGAACACAUGAAUAUUCACACUGGAGAGAAGCCUUUUACAUGUGUGCAGUGUGGAAAGAGUUUCAGAUUUAAAGGUCAACUUGCAGCCCACAUGAAAGUUCACACUCAAGAGAAGGCGAAAAGGCGAGAAGUUUUAGAAGUUGUCGCUGUGGAAAGAGCAGAGGUGUAAAGAGAACCUGAAAACCAUACUUGAGUAAAAGCAGGAAUACCUGACAGCAAAAAAUCACUCCCAUUACAAGUUAAAAGUGACAAAUUCUAAUACAACUUGAGUAAAAAAAUACUGGAGCAUCUGAUUUUAACAUUACUUUAGUAUUUUACUCAUGCUAAAUGUAGGCUCAGAGAUGCUCUAGUCUUCGAUACCCGAGAGAAAUGCCAGUAAAAAUAAACAAUUGAUUUGACUGAUGAGAAAUCAUGUUUAUUUUCUAAAAUCAAAAUAAAACUGAACACCUCAACAUUGUAAUAAAUCAAAAGUCUACAAAAAGUCUCAGUGAAGCACAAGUGCCCAAAAAUGCCACAAGUAAACCAAUAUCCUUCAUAAAGGUCUUGUCAAUACAGUGGAUAAAUAAAAUAAUGUUAAGUAGUUACAGUCAACUUGCUCUGGAUGUGUUGGUUUCUGUCAGAGCAGGGACUAGACCUCAGGUCUCCAGCGUGAGAGUCAGACUCCCAAUCCUUGAGCCAAUGGAGAAUGGUGAAUGCAACAGUAAGACGUACUUUGGAGAAGUUGAGAUGCAGAAUAAGUUUUUAAUAAAAGUUCAAGUAACAAAAAAUCCACAGCUGAAGCAAAAACAGCAAAAGAAGUUCUCAAAAAAACUGUCCAAAUGGGCAUGCCAAAGAUGAGAAAGUCCACAAAAAAUAACAGAGAAGGAAUAAUCCACAGGUAAGAGAAAAAUGAAAAAGUCUCAGAGAUAGAGAACACUUACUCAGGCAACUGGCUUCAGAACAACUAAACACCAAGCAAAGAAGCUAUGAGACAGAGUUGUUUAAAUACACACAGCUGAACGAGACACACAGGGCCAUAUGGAUUUGGAUUUUGUUUUCCCUUCAUAAUAAAAACCUUCAUUUAAAAA